ACUUGGAACUACUGUAGUUUUUGGAUGCCCGUGGUGCGAUCGUGGUAUUUUUUAUGUGAAGUCAAAUAAUUGUGUGUCGGCCUUUAAGAUUGAAAACCGUCACGGAGUGUGCCAUCUUGUAGCAUUGCCAUCGUCAAUAUAAAAAUUGGGUACGGAAUUUGGCCCUUCGCUAUUAUUUUCACCAAAGAGGUUCAAAUCCUCUUUGAAGUGUAUAUUUAAACGAGAUCUGCGGGAAUAACCUACUGUCAGAUUAUAACGCUACAGGAUGGAUUCCAUUCCCAGAACUCAUGAAGAUAUCGAAGCACAAAUAAGAGAAAUCCAAUCGAAAAAGAAAGAAAUACAGAAUGCAACAGCAGAGAAAGAACAAGUAGGUCUAGGAAAGACUGGUUUUUACGAUCAGGAUAUCUAUGAUGGAAGUAACAACAAGUAUGAAGGCUAUGUUACAUCAAUUGCAGCCAAUGAUGAAAUCGAGGAUGAAGACUAUGAACCAACUACGUUCAGUACCAAUAAGAGACCAGGUUAUAAUGCUCCUGCAGCAUUGCUUAAUGAUGUUGCACAGAGUGAAAAGGAUUAUGAUCCAUUUGCGGAUAGACGACGACCCACCAUAGCAGAUAGAGAGGAUGAAUAUAGACAAAAAAGACGAAGAAUGAUUAUAUCUCCAGAACGUGUUGAUCCAUUUGCAGAAGGUGGAAAGACUCCAGACAUCGGUUCUAGAACUUACACAGAGAUUAUGCGAGAACAGUUACUCAAAGGAGAAGAAACAGAGUUAAGAAAGAAACUAGCCGAAAAAGCCAAAGAGGGAACUCUAAAAGCUAACGGUGAACCAAAACCGGCACCGAAAAAAAGAGGCCGUUGGGAUCAAACGGAUGAUGCUCCAACACCUAAAAAGCCAAGUGGUACUACUGCAACACCAACGUCAUGGGAUAAUGCUGACGUAACACCAGCUGCAAUCAGGUGGGACGAAACACCUGGUCAUGGUAAAGGAGGAGAAACUCCUGGUGCAACACCAGGUGUAAGCACAAGAAUGUGGGAUGCUACUCCAGGACAUGCAACACCUGGUGCCGCUACUCCUGGCAGAGAAACCCCUUCUCAUGAGAAAACUGUUUCAAGCCGAAGGAAUCGUUGGGAUGAAACCCCAAAAACUGAACGUGAGACACCUGGGCACAGCAGUGGUUGGGCCGAGACACCGAGGACUGAUCGUGUUGCAGGAGACUUAAUUCAAGAAACUCCGACACCGUCUGCUAGUAAACGUCGAAGUCGAUGGGACGAGACACCUUCGAACCAAACACCUGGAUCCAUGACACCGCAGACUCCUGCGACCCCGCUAACUACGCCUCAUCAGACGUCUAUUUUAACACCCAGCGGAGUAACGCCGACAGGACCCAAAGCUAUGGGUUUGGCUACUCCUACGCCUGGACAUUUAAUGUCAAUGACACCAGAACAGCUUCAAGCAUAUCGUUGGGAAAGAGAAAUUGAUGAAAGAAAUAGACCUCUUUCUGACGAUGAAUUGGAUGCUCUAUUUCCACCUGGGUACAAAGUUCUUCAACCACCGGCAGGAUAUAUUCCGAUUCGUACACCAGCAAGAAAGCUUACCGCUACGCCGACUCCGAUCGCCGGCACUCCGCAAGGUUUCUUUAUUCAAACCGAGGACAAAACCGCAAAAUUUGUAGACAAUCAGCCGAAAGGUAAUUUACCUUUUAUGAAGCCAGAAGAUGCACAAUACUUCGAUAAAUUGUUAGUUGACGUCGACGAAGAAACACUCAGCCCUGAAGAGCAGAAAGAAAGAAAGAUUAUGAAGCUUCUUCUAAAAAUUAAAAAUGGUACACCGCCGAUGAGAAAAGCGGCUCUCAGACAGAUCACUGAUAAGGCCAGAGAAUUUGGCGCUGGUCCAUUAUUUAAUCAAAUACUUCCUCUCCUUAUGUCCCCUACAUUGGAAGAUCAAGAACGGCAUCUUCUUGUAAAGGUCAUUGACCGUAUUUUGUAUAAACUGGAUGAUUUGGUCAGACCUUACGUCCACAAAAUUCUGGUUGUUAUUGAACCUCUGCUGAUUGACGAAGACUAUUAUGCUCGUGUAGAAGGUAGAGAAAUUAUAUCCAAUCUGGCGAAAGCAGCCGGAUUGGCGACGAUGAUUUCCACGAUGAGACCGGAUAUCGACAAUAUCGAUGAAUAUGUGCGUAACACAACAGCAAGAGCUUUCGCUGUUGUAGCUUCAGCAUUAGGAAUUCCUUCGUUGUUACCGUUUCUUAAAGCUGUGUGUCGUAGCAAAAAGUCGUGGCAAGCUCGUCACACAGGUAUCAAGAUAGUCCAACAAAUUGCUAUUCUUAUGGGAUGUGCUAUACUGCCACAUUUAAAGAGUUUAGUCGAAAUUAUAGAACACGGUUUGGUUGAUGAACAACAGAAAGUUCGUACUAUCACUGCUUUGGCAAUUGCUGCCUUGGCUGAAGCGGCUACACCUUACGGUAUCGAAAGCUUUGACUCUGUUUUGAAACCACUUUGGAAAGGUAUUCGUACGCAUAGAGGAAAAGGUUUGGCUGCGUUUUUAAAAGCUAUUGGAUAUUUGAUUCCUCUCAUGGAUGCCGAAUAUGCCAAUUACUAUACUCGUGAAGUAAUGUUGAUUCUUAUUCGCGAGUUUCAAUCACCCGACGAAGAAAUGAAGAAGAUCGUUUUAAAAGUAGUAAAACAAUGUUGUGGAACAGAUGGUGUUGAAGCACAGUACAUCAAGGAUGAGAUCCUGCCACAUUUUUUUAAGCACUUCUGGAAUCAUCGAAUGGCAUUGGAUCGCAGAAAUUACAGACAGCUUGUGGACACGACCGUAGAAAUCGCGAACAAAGUUGGCGCGUCAGAAAUUAUAAACCGUGUUGUGGAUGAUUUAAAAGAUGAAAAUGAACAAUACAGGAAGAUGGUUAUGGAGACCAUUGAGAAAAUAAUGGGUAAUUUGGGAGCUGCUGAUGUUGACUCUCGUUUGGAAGAACAACUCAUAGAUGGUAUAUUAUAUGCGUUCCAGGAGCAGACAACGGAGGAUGUUGUUAUGCUUAAUGGGUUUGGUACUAUUGUAAACACACUAGGAAAAAGAGUGAAGGCGUAUUUACCACAGAUAUGUGGUACAAUAUUGUGGAGAUUGAAUAACAAAUCAGCCAAAGUAAGACAACAAGCCGCUGACUUAAUUUCGCGCAUUGCCGUUGUUAUGAAAACCUGUCAAGAGGAGAAACUAAUGGGUCAUUUAGGCGUUGUUCUUUAUGAAUAUUUAGGAGAAGAAUACCCUGAAGUACUGGGUAGUAUUCUAGGCGCGUUGAAAGCUAUUGUUAAUGUUAUAGGAAUGACAAAAAUGACACCACCGAUUAAAGACUUAUUACCACGACUUACACCCAUCUUAAAGAACAGACAUGAAAAGGUACAAGAAAAUUGUAUCGAUCUUGUAGGAAGAAUUGCAGAUAGGGGACCCGAAUACGUAUCUGCCAGGGAAUGGAUGAGAAUAUGUUUCGAACUUUUGGAAUUGCUGAAAGCACACAAGAAAGCAAUUAGAAGAGCCACAGUGAACACUUUUGGUUACAUUGCAAAGGCGAUAGGCCCUCACGACGUAUUAGCAACUCUAUUGAACAACUUGAAAGUACAAGAACGUCAAAAUCGUGUUUGUACUACUGUAGCUAUAGCUAUUGUCGCUGAAACUUGUAGUCCAUUUACGGUACUUCCUGCACUGAUGAACGAGUAUAGAGUGCCAGAAUUGAACGUGCAGAACGGUGUGCUGAAAUCUUUAUCAUUUUUGUUUGAAUAUAUUGGAGAAAUGGGAAAGGAUUACAUUUAUGCUGUUAGUCCAUUGCUAGAAGAUGCAUUGAUGGAUAGGGAUUUAGUACACAGACAAACAGCCUGCGCCGCAAUUAAACACAUGGCAUUGGGCGUUUAUGGAUUCGGAUGCGAAGACGCGUUAAUACAUUUACUGAAUCAUGUGUGGCCCAACGUUUUUGAAACUUCUCCACAUUUAGUGCAAGCAUUUAUGGAUGCUGUGGAUGGUUUGCGUGUCGCUCUUGGGCCAAUUAAAAUAUUGCAAUAUACUUUACAGGGACUAUUCCAUCCGGCAAGAAAAGUACGCGAUGUAUAUUGGAAAAUUUAUAAUUCUCUUUAUAUAGGUGGACAGGACGCUCUAGUGGCUGGUUAUCCUCGAAUUAUGAAUGAUCCAAAGAAUCAGUACAUUAGAUAUGAAUUGGACUAUGUUUUGUAAUAAUUUAAGUACAUGUAAAAGAUGUGUAUCAUACAUUUAUAUAAUCUUCAAAAGAGAUUAACAUGAUUCGCUUAUUAUGUUUACAAGAACUAGAUAAAUAGUCGUAUGUCACGUAACACAUAAGGUAGACACUACAGUGGAUCAUUAAAAGUAUUUAUUUCUUGGACUUCUUUAAUCAAGUUACACAUCAGUGUCCAUAAGAAAUGAAUUCUAAUUACGGACUUGUUUGAGGAGAAAUGUGUCAGUCCUUAUAUGAAUAAACUGUUUCGUAUCAUAACGGUAGAGAAAUGAUUUCGCUUUAUUAAUUGAUAUAACGUGUCUAUUUAGCUAUUCCCUUAACUAUCACUUUUUAUUGUAGCAAAAGAGAAAUGUAUCAAGUAAUAAUAUGUCGACUGAA